CUCUGCGUUAGCUAAAUCGAACUCCAUAAUUCUCGCUCUAUUGAGGCAGAGCAUUUUAAUGAAAAUGCAGUUUAGCGAUCCAUGAUCUUCAACCCCGCUGCCCUCAAAACAGGUCUCGAACAAAAAGACUCCACCCGGUUUUAUAUUCUCAACACUAGGGAUCAAUGAAUUUGAAAGUUAUUUUAACUGGUGGAUCAGCGCGCUAAUUGAUUCGAGAAAAAUUUAACAGGUGUGACAUCCUUAUGGAGCUGGUGGUGUGAAAUUUCUGUCACGUGACCUAUGGACGGCCCGGUAUUGUUUUUUUCAUCAUGAAUAAAAGAUAAGAUUCAACUCCGACUUGGUGUUUUUGUUCUACCGGGGCCUGUCCUGUUCUUUAUACACUUCACUUAGAUUACUCUAACUGGGAACACAAGUUGAAGAAAAGGCUUGGAAAUUUCAACGUCCACCCGAGUGAGAAUAGUGUCAUGGGAAUUUGAUCGCCGCACAAGAAUUCAACGAAGAAGGACAAAUCUGAUGCGAUAAUGCCAAGUCAAGAGAGACUUCCUUGUUGAAUUCUUCGCUAUUCACUUGUCCCUUUCGUUUGUGUAUUUCAAUCAUAAAUCAAGAUUUUAUAUAGUUAGAGCUCAUCACGAAGAGCGUAUAUCCCUAAAACCAAAUGAGACUUUUUGCGCUCGGAAUAUUUCUUUUGUUAACUUGGAGGACAGAAUCAUCGGGAAAAAAAAGAACCCAGCAUAAGUCACAUUCUCACUCGCAUGCCCGUCGCUCGGUUCAUGAAGAUCAAGGGAAAUCCAAAGAUUCUUCAAAACGCCUCUAUCAGAUGUUAGCGAGGAGAAACAUAUUAACAAGGAGAAGAAGAGAGCUGAUGACAGGUCCACCCUCUACAACCCAGGUGGAAAUAAAAUUCAGGAAAAAAUGGCUCGAGGAGAUGUCAGACAAAAAAAGUUCACAGUACAAACUCAUGGACGGAAAUAUAGUUGACGCGAUAACCACAGAACUCAUCGGGGACACAAACUAUCUUAGUUCUGCAGUGAUGACGCUAAAAAAUUCCCAGGAGCCUAACUCAAGCGUGUUAGCGGACAUUGAGCUUCAGUUUGUGUCGGACGAGCUGGAUCCGAUCAAACAUCUCCGAGCUAUAGUGUCCGGCGGACACAUCUCUGGGAUGAUGGUUUAUCCCGAUUACUUCGUUGUCUUAGGAGGCAAUACGAAACCUGGUGCAGCAGACCAAGUGAAGAGCAACACACCGACCGGUCCUAGUUACCCAGCAAACUUUGCGACCCUUAUAAAAGACUUUCCUUUCGAUGUGAAACUGCAGUUGCCCUGGCAUCCCUUCCUUAGCGAUAUAAAUAACUCGAAAACAAAGAGUAUCAGUUCUUCUAUUGAAGACACAUUAAAAAAAGCUUUUGCUAGUGACCCAUCUUUUAUUGAUAUUAAAGUCAUCGGCUACAAUCAGUUCCCUGAUGGCAGUCCGCAUGCGCGUAUCGUACUUCGAUUUAAACCCGAUGGAACUGAUCCGGAGGAGCUGCUAAAGAAGUUGGUUACCGGCGGUCAUUUAGGAGAUGUGGCUAUCUUUAACGAUUACUUGAACGGUCAGAUGCCUAAGGCUGCUCCUCCGGCCCCUGCUCCUGCUCCAGCUGUACCGCCACCUAUGUCCCCUCUCCUCACUGCUCCUGUCGCGAACGCAACUGUGGCCCAACCUGCAGCUGCUCCUGUUGUUCCUAUUGCGAACGAAACUGUGGCCCAACCUACAGCUGCUUCUUUUGUUCCUGUUGCGAAUGUAACGGUGGCCCAACCUACAGCCGCUCCUAUUGUCCCUGUUGCGAAUGUAACGGUGGCGCAGCCCACAGCAGCUCCUGCUGCUCCUGUUGCGACUCAACCAACCGUGGCUCAAACGCAACCUGCUGCAGUGCCAACUAAUGCUGGCAUUCAGUAUGCACAACCUGGGGAAUCUUUGAAUGGAACUGUGAAGUUAAAUGAGUCUUGGUACGACUACAUGGGAAACACACAAAGUUCGACAUUCAAGAUAUUGGCGGAAGAUAUCGAGCAAGCGAUAAGAAACGCUUACUCGACUUACGGAUUUACCGUCACCUCGAACGUUACAGGCCUCAGUGAGACGCCUGAUCGUGAAGUGUUAGCUUCAUUCAUAAUCAACUUCCCCCCCGGACAGACCCCAAGUCUCUUACCUCUGCAGGGCGUUGUUCAUGGAGGACUUCUGGGUGGCAUCCCUGUAUUCCGUGACUCUGUCCAGCAAGCAGGUUACCCUGCUGCUCCAACGACUCCUGCUCCAGCGUAUCUUCCAACAAAUGCCUCAACAGUUAUGUCAAACACCUCUAUGGCGCCUGUCUAUCCAGUUCCCGCCUUUAAUUACACUGCUGCCCCGGCCCCAUCUUCAGCUCCUCCAGCAUACAACGCUACAGCAGCUGCAUCAGUCACCGUCCCAGUACCUACAGCGGGUGUUUCGUCUCCAACACAAGCAGCUUCCAAUGCUACUGCAAGCCCAGUGGUACUACCGACCGGUUCCGUCACUCAGAAUAAUACCAUGGUCACUAACACUUCUAACGUGGCGUCUGAUCAGUAUGGCCAAGUUGCUAACGUUCCAACUCAACCAACGGGUUUCGAUAAACUUUCCACACCGCCAGGUUAUACUGGAGGGCUCAUUCCUUUGCCAGCAGGAAUUCCCAAGUCAUGCGCGGAAAUCCGCUCUUCUGGAAUUGGGACCCAGGACGGCGAGUACGUAAUUCAAGCACGGCCAAACUGUCACUUGAAUAUCAUUUGUCAGAACAUGGAUGAGCCCAACCCAAUAGAGUUCCUGGGUGGCCCCCAGCAGAGAUACUGGCUGUACUGGCAUUAUGCCAUCCUUAUAAAGUUAUCCGCUUACGAUAAGCAGCAUGUGGACAAGAGAGCUUGUCUCGAAAACACUGCGGAUGGUCGCCAGUUUAUCACCAAGGUGAUGGACGCUGGAGUGAGACAGGGAAAUCCUCUUGUUCAUUGGAAAACCAAUAUUAAACGCAUGAUCAACAGCUUUAUUGGUAAGAUGAAGAAAAAGAGAGACUUAGAGGACGUCACCUUGAGCACUAAAGCUAUGAAAAUUUACAAAAGGUUUGCCCCAUGAAAGAUGAUUUUCUCGGAAUAUCAGUGGAGAUGUGAUUUUACGUCGUUCGUUUUUUCGCGCCUGAAAGUGCCCUUUUAAUAAACUGAGAGUGUUUUUGAAAUGUUUUAUCAUUUGUGAAAGAAGAAUGUUUUAAAUAGACGUAUAUUUAUUUUAAAAAUAUUGCUUUUCAAUAGGACAUUUAAGCCGUUAAAAGUAAAGAUUUCAUGUCUCUACCGAUGCAGAUUUUUUUUCUAACAAAAUGAAUGAUACUUUAAUUUGAUCUACAACACAGCAUGUCGUCAAGAGAGAUAAUCAACCUCACAACUACAAGUAAUUUGAAGUCCAUAGUCAGAAAAAGAAAUAAUUAAUCCCAAUAAAAUUAGUGUAUUUUCUAAAUAAGUAAACAGCUGUCAAGGCUCAGAAAUUUAGUUGCAAAGUUCAGGAAGUGGAUAAUUCUAGAUGAAUAUUGGUGUAGUCUCAUGGCAAAAGUUUGCCGGACACACAACCAUACAAAACUCUUCGACAAUGUACUGUUGUACUGAUAUUUAACGGUUAGAUACCAUUUCCAAUUCUUCCAAUUGUAGGAAGAUAGAUUUUGACCAGUUCGUCUCAUUUGUUGAAGUUGAUUUAUUUCAUUGGCGUCUACUUAACGUGCUGUAAUCCAAAGGAAACCGAAAGAGUAUGAGGAGCAAGAGACUUCGUCCCUCAUAUAGUUCAUGUUUGACCUUAUUCCUAAGGCAAUCACUCUCAAGCUAUUUUUAGAUCACUCCAAUGUGCAGAAAGCCCAGAAGGGCCUAGAAGAGUGACGUGAAUUUUUACUCAUAGAGACAUGGUUUUACAUGCACUGUUUCAAUCCUCCACGGAAACAUCUCUGCAGCUCGAAUGGAAAACGUAUCUGCGGGAGCACUGGAUACCAUGUCUAAAAAUAACUUGACAGGGAUUACCUUGAGAGUAUGUAAUGCCUAUACGGGGGAUUACCCUUCAUCCUCUCUUGAGGAAACUGCUUCCAUUGGAGAUUGCCUGCUCAAGAUUUUAAAUCUCAUUUGCGUAUGGUUGCUGAUUCGCUUCUCCUCUCAGUGAAAAUUUUCAUUUUAUGACUCGAAAAAUCUCACAUCUGCGAGAAAUGGUAAAAUGCAGAUAAAUAAGUUGAAUUGAUUAAAAACGGUUACGAUUAAAAAUACAAUGCUUUCACUCUUGUUUUAAGGGGCAUUCGUAAAACCACUCAGAAGUGUUGAAUUGGCGAUUUCAAUGCUUGUUAUAUUUGGAGCCUUCUUGUGCCUCUCACAAAUAAACCUCAAUGAUGUUAUCUCUAGAUAGAAAAAUUUAUGAACAACGUACGAUGUUUUUUUAGAUAUUGUUAUUGUUUCUCACGAAGUCAGAUGGUUGCAUGUGAAUUAUAUUGGUUCUCUCGUUGUAAGCCAGUUUAAAUGAGAUCUGGAUGUUGUUUACCACAAAGGCAAAACAAUUAAAAGUUUAUUUUGUCUAGAAUAUAGUUUAUCUUGUUAAUCUCUGUAUAUUAAGGUUACAGACCUCUUUAAGGGUGUUCUGUCAAUACCUCCAGCGGUCUAUAAAACCGAUAUAUGCAUGACCAAAGAAAAUGCGUGGUAUAUUUGCUACUUUAAUUAAAUAACUGUCAAUUCCAUUUUUUUUUGUUUUUGACUCUCAGUUGACCAAUCAGACUAUUCCCGCUGUAACAUGCACCUUACAUGCACCUUCUGCACCUGGCAGAAUUCUUCCUCAUACCUUCUAGCUUCAACACGUAGACGACUUUCGUCAAAUGCUGGCAACAUAGUGGACCAAGUUCUUAAACUGAUUCUUCAAAAAUCGUCUCCAAAAAAACUUUGAUCCUGAUAUGAGGCAUCUUUCCAUCCCUCCAUCUUACGACCUGCCUGUAGCUAGGACUCUCAAGGAAGCAGAGAAAAGUAAAUUAUUUUUCCUUAAAAUAGAGAAGAAGUGUUCACUGCAUGGUUGGCAUCAGUGUGUCAGCUCUGCAUGGCUCUGGGAGGGAACGAGAACACUCAAUAUAGCUGAAAAAAAUUCAGCUAUUUUGGGUGUUCUUGGCCCCAACUGAGCAAAACGCGGUACAGUUAGUCGAAUCAUCGUAGCUAAACAAAAUGAUUGUACUGUAACUAAUUAAACAACAUGACCUCACUUAAACAAACGUAAACAAUCACAUCAUUCUAGUAAAAUAUAAACCCAGCUAUAAACGAUAAGAUAGGCCGGUAUGGGAACUUAGGCGUUGAAGCUCUAUUAAGCAUGCCUUUGCUCCUUUUUAAAAUACCAUUCGGCUCAUAAAUAAGUCCUCUCUCUAUAAAAUAAUUCAAUUCAAUUCAAGGUCCCUCACACUCCGUCCACCCAUCCAAGAGAUUUACAAACAGGAAGUUUAUUAUAUUUUCAAUUAUACUAUUAUACUAUUUUAGUUUGUAGGCAAAAUAUUCUUAAAUGUAUCGACCAUUAUUAGUUUGUUUCAAUUUUCCUGAGCGGUCCGAGGUUUGCAAUGCGGACCGCUAAGAAGGACGGCUCACGAAUUAGAGUUUCGGUGAAUUACUGUUUUCAAAACAUUAGAUAAAGGAUAAUUAACAAUUUGUUGCAAAGUUAAGUAGAAAUCUUGCUUUCCUUCACCUUGAUUUCGCGGACAAUUUCAGUUUAACUUCAUAGAAAGCGACGUCAAAAACGAAAAUAUAUACUUACCCUUUGGCGUGUGUAUCAGUUUACCGAGAAUGGAUCAUAGGGUGCGUUUAUUUAUCAGCUGAGUUUUAAAAAAAGCUAUUAUAGUAAAUACUUUAUAUUGAGCUAGCUUCUUUGACCCGCGCUGGGAAAUGAUCGUCAGUAAUUAGCCCUAUUCUUCCAUUAUGAGUUGGCUGAGGAUUCGGAACGGUCCUGGGUUGAGCGUUCUAACAAUGGCGCCAUAAAUAAACUCGCUCAAGUCUCACUCGACGGGGUAAUUUACAAACCGGCAGUUAAUAUAAGUAAAUAUCCAUACAUUUUGGACCUCUUGUGUCACAAUAUUGCCUGCUCUGACACAUUUCCAAAACAGCAAGAGAUUCAUCGUACAAAUUCGGUACUGGCCUUGUUUGCUUCAAAGUCAGUUACAACUGAAGACUGCAACUUCGUUUUCACAAAACCUCAAACUUCACAUAUCUCUAGGUAACCUUAAUUUCACGCGUUGAUAAAGAAAGGCAUUUAAAUUUUUACCAAUUUUCCCACCAAAAAUAAAGGUUUCAUUCAUAUUUAUCUAUAUUUCUUACAUGACGAAUUUUCACGGUUCGAUAAACAACGCAAUGAACUGUAUAUCACGGGAGAAGUCGGUUGAGAAAAUACUCGCCCUUUGUUGAAUGUUCAAUCAUUGUUUUCUUAAAAAAAAAUGGAAAUUUGCCGGUAGCUUUAAAGUUAAACCACCUUUUUAAGUUGACGGUUCCAUUAGACGCAAAAACAUCCUUUCAAUUAAUCUGGAUAAGUCUUUCACGACACAAACAAACUAUCAACUCCUACACCUGUGUUAAAUUUACAAGAGAGGAAACCUUCACUCCGUUUGAUAGACAGAAAAUUUAAAAUAUCUAAAGCCGUGAAUGAAUGAUAAUGUGGUUGGGGAAUCGUAGACUAAGGUUCAAACUACAUACAAAAGAUAUAACAUUUGUUAACCACAUUCUCCGGGAACUUUAUAUACGUUUUUCCGUCACCGAAAACCUUAGUAGCCUUAGUCUGUAUCCAAGUACUAAAACGACACUGAUGUAUAUAAUAACUGCAUUUAUGUGGAAUCUCAAAAAGGAAUAUUGGCUUCUCUACCAUUCAUAGUAUUUUAUUUUUGCCUAAGAAGUUCCUUUACUGCGAAAUAAACUCGUAACUAUGUUUCGGAACAUCUAACCUGACUUACCUUCAUCUUGGUCUUUGCUAGGGCUCGGAAAAGACGAAAACAGCAGAGUCAUAUUGCUAGGAAAUCUGAAACAACGAGAUCGUCUCGCCGUUUUUGAGUGACUAUGCAUGUUUGCGGAAAGGGCACGCCGCUUUCAACGCAAAAAUUCGGCCAAUUAAAACUAAGUAAACACCACUCAACUACUUAAAGCUGCAUUCACUCUGGUCGGCUUGUACAUCAAUGGAUUAAACCUCGGUAAUUAAACGACAAUUAAUCUGCAACUUUGAAAGCGAAUACUGAAACGUUUAGAUAAAUUACUUGUCGUUUUAGAGGCGGUUCGCCCUUUUGCAAAGACGUUAUGCUCAAGAACUUCCCUUCUCUAUAGCCCGAAUCGAUUUGGCAUGAAUAAGUUUAACUCGCAAGAGAAGUUUAAUGGAGUGUUUUUAAAAAUCAAAUGGACCCUUUAUUCCUGUGUAUACACGGUUAGUACUUUACGCUUUUAGCACUUUCAAGUUCGCAAACAGAGACGUGUGAUGUCCAUUUAACAUUACACGCUUUUUAAGCUUUCUCGUGAAUUCGUUUUAGAGCCCUUCCUUCGACCAUUAGAGCUACUCGGGCUUAAUGCAUCUCUUACCGAAGAUCGAGGAUGCUUUUAUUGUGAAGUGCAAAGCUUUUAAACUGGAAGUCGGUUUGUUUACUUGGAUGUUUCUGUCGGAAAAAAAAGUAUGAUUAACGACUUUUGGAAUAUUUAACCACAGGAAAAAGGAUAAAGUUUGGUUGAAAGCAAUGAAAAAAAAUUGUAAGAGAAUCCGGCAUUUUAGUUCGCUUUGAUUGAUGGUAUUUUGCACUAUCGAAUUUUCAAGAUCAAUAACUUAUUUCUUCAUAAAAUAUUUCAUUGACGACACCUUCUAAUAGGCAGGUGCCGAGCACAAAGACAUUCGUCAAUAUUGCCUUGAUCGAGCUCUAAAUUCUCAAAGCUAACAUGAAUGGAAAUACUCAGUGAUCGGUUUGGAGAACCAAUAUGUUGUACAAGGACACAUCAGGAUUCUCCUAAUCAUUGUCUUUGCCCAUUUUUCUGUCAAUUCCACUCAAGAACUCUGGUUCGUUUCAGUCGCUGAUCAUAUGGCCUAUAAAUUCGAUUAUGUACUCAUCGUAACAAUUGGUCAAUGCCAUGAGAAGAUCAAGUGAAUUCUGAUGAAGGUUGAAAAUUACUUAUAUCUUCAUAUUUUCCAUCUAGGAGAGCUGGAAACUGAAAAAAAUUAACAUAAAUUCUGCCUUUUUUAAAUUCCGGGAACUCCACUUGAAUAAAUAAAGUUAUAUCCCUGAGGCUAAGAAUAAAGUAUGGCUGUUUCCUAGGAGACCAGUCAGUUACUUUGGUAGUAAAUGGGAGAGAUUUUCAAGACUCUUUUACCACGAGGCACUCGGCUUCAUCUAUUAAAAUUCCUCAAGCCUAUUCCCAACAAUUUUUGAUCGUUACUAUUUUUUGUGAGGGAGCAUCCAGAUAUCCUUGAAGUAUCUUAUUUCCCGUUAGGCGUAGCGAAAUUCAUUGGAACUUGUGUUGUUUAUCCGCAGUUUGAUGAUUCAUUUUUACUUAAGCUGUCGCUCAAAAGUGUCCUUACACGGAAAUAUCAAACAAGGGAAUGCCGUAGCAAUUAACUGAACAAAGAGAUCAUCGUGUUAGUGCAAUAACGCGGCUCUGUUAGUUCCAAGGCAGGCCGGGCCAUACUUUAGGUUUCAUUAGUACUUUCAGUUGAGUAAAACUGUCUUGUUCACUAUAAGACAGUUACCAUUGUUCAAGAGGUUUUACAUGUUCUGUUUCAGUUCCAGUUGCCAUAUUAUAAAUAUUUGAUGUGGCCUAGACAAUGGAACCACACCCUUAGGUUCAACCCGUUCACUCGACCACCCCUUAAUUCAUGCUACUAACGCUCACCUGUUGGAGUUUCAUUCCUCUUUAAUCGUGACAAAUUUACUCUCCUUAUGCGACCAUUUAACAAAAACUGGACAGAUUAUGAUAGAAAACAAAUAGCUGAAGCUUGCGCUUAGUUGCAAUGAAAUACGUCUGUUACGUUGGGCCAGUUCAAUGUGGCGAACAGAACAGCGAUUAUACGAGCCAGAAUCAAAUUCAACUCUCGCGAGUAGAAUCAAAACUUUCCUCAUUAAUACGAUCAGGUAUCAUAU